UUUCAGAUCAAAGUAGGGUUGAAGCAUACGCUGCAAGCAGUUGGACCAAAUAUAAUAGUGGAUACCGAUUUAAAAGAUUUAGCCUUAUUCUUAUCUCCACGUCAAGUCCAUAUACUGUUGGAAAUCGUUAAUGCUUUUCUGAAUGGUGAAGAUUUAAGUAUUCGGGACUCAAAAUCCAGAUAUGAGGCUCAGCCAAUGUCAAAUUCAGAUUUUCUGAAGGUGGAAAAACUAUUAAGGGCUCCAUUAGAACCUAGAAAGUUAUAUGGCAUAGAAGGUAUUCAUAAAUGGUCAACAGCAGGUCCAGAUGGGAGUGAUACAGAAGAUGAAUAUCAACCCAUAAAAAGUACAAUGAGUACGAUGUACGAGAGUGCUGUUUCUGAAUUUUCUGAGAGUAUGAAUUCCAGUAUGUCAAGUAUAUUUAGUUACUCUACAGAAUACAGUCAAGCUAGUAGAAGGAAAUCUUUUAGUAACGAACAAGACUCCUCAGUUGAGGUCUCUCAUAUAACAGUAAAUUUUGAUGUUUUUGCGGUAAUCUUGCUACACGAAGAUUUGUUGGUGCCAACCGCCGAUGACAAUAAGAUUCUGGUACUUUCCAGCGUUGAACAGAUGCAGCAAGUUUCAGAAAAUUUCUUUGACCAAUUCAAAGAUUUUGUCACCUCUAAUGAUGCCACCGAGGACUUCAUAAACUUUAAAGAAAAUAUCAACAGUAAAUGCGAUCGUAACUGUACAAGGUUGUUGGCAACUGGAGUGGAGUUUCAGGGUAGACAAAAAAAUGUCGCCUCUGCUUCAUCCAUGGAUGCAGACUUAGGUGCAAGCAACUUAGAUUUAUUUGAAUACUUGGUGGUCGAUCGUGAAUUGCAAGCGAUUCCCCUUCUUCAAUUUCAUAAAUCUCCGUUUAGUAUUGUUCAAAAAAAACCUUUCGAAGUCCAUUUCAGAAAGGUCAAUCGAACGAAAAGAAGAUCCCAGAAAAAUAACGGACCUAAAACCAACAUUUCGGUAUCGCUUGGCAAAUGCGAAGUUGAUUUUGACAUCUCGAUAAUCGACAGAUUGAGUGCUUUAAUGAACCCCCCAGACUUUUUUAUAGAUGAAUCUCUGGAUAAUUCAUUUGCUGCUGGUAAAGGUCACCCAACGCUGGAUUCGAUCACGACUGAAGAAUCCAGGAUAGAUUUGAAAGUUACAUGCCUUCACUUAAUUCUAAAAUUAAGGUUUCCUAUCCCAGACUUUCGAAAUGAAAAUAUUAGAACUCCUUGGUGGAAAAAGAAUGUAAGACAAGAUUACUUGAUGUUAGAUUGCUUGGAUUUGGAACUGAAGUCGUCCUUUCAGCCAAACCAAGCUUUUCAGGAAUAUAACGGGCAUAGUAAAGAACUGAACAUUUACUAUGUAGAAAGUGACAAUGCUGUUAUGGAACAUAUCAUUUCCACUCAGGCCGAUGAAAAAGCUUCUGCUUCAAUGGAAGACCUGUCAUUAGAAACAAGGUUCAACAUAAAGAUUUUUCCAACAAAAUCAAAUGAUUUAGAGGAUUGUUUGGAGCCUGAAUCAGAACCUAUGGCUUCAUCUUGUCGUGGUCUGUUUGAAGAACAGACCAAUCCUGACCCGGGACCAUUCGGCUCAAGAAAAAAGGUGCAUCAAAGCGACAUUCCCCUCUCAAAAUUGAAAAGUGGUAAAAAAGUUACACAGGAUUCAGGUGAGCUACUACUACCCGGAGAAAAGCACGAAAUAGAGAAUUUCAUGAAGUCCGCAAUUGCAAGUUCAAAAUUCCAGAUUGAAAUAGUCUUGCCGAUUGUGACAGCACAGCUGACUUCAAAACAUAGUUUUGAAAAACUGUAUAAUAGGAUCAAUAAUGACUUGUUACUGUGGACGCCAAGUGCGCCUAAACCGAGAGCAAAUUUAUAUCGCACUGGUUAUUCAAACUACAAUUACGGGAAUAAAGGAUUAACGGCUAUGAAGGGUGCCUUUGACACGUUUACAAGUGGCUUAGGUUUCAACAAUGAUUCCGAUAGCGACAGUGGAGAUGAGUCAACAGAUUUGUAUUACUCCUCAAUCGAUAGCCGAAAGAAAUUGAAAAGUAGGGAUUCGAGUAUGAAGGGUCAAAGUAACCUGUCUUUGAAUCUGUCUUUCCAUCGGGGAUUGGUUUGCAUGAAUCCCCCUGCCCGGGAUUCGACAGGGAACGUUAUUCCUGGACAACAAGGAGAGAUCGUACUCAACCUGGGAAAUACUACUAUUUUCUUUGUCAGUUGUUAUAAAGGUGAUGAGGAUUUAAGUUACUUCACUGUAGUAGGAUGUGGUGCUCAGCUGUAUCAUUGCGAUAUGCAACCUGUACCUAGGGUAAGCCCCUCUCUGAGACGAUUUGAUAAGUGUAUACCGAAACAUUUAUUACCAACGAUUUACAAAUCGCAGCCAGGAAUGUUAGAUAACUCCAGUAAAAGGAACGAAAAUCGAGAUAUGGUAACUGUAGCAAUGAAAAUAAAGGAUAACCAAUCAUUGGUACAUAAAGGUCUAAUUAAGGAAGAUGGUAAGGAAAUCCAGAUAUCUCUUGGUUUAAAUAAAUCUACGCUAAGGUACAGGAUGAUACAAGAACCAAAUAGUUGGUUUUCACAGUUGUCAGAUUUUUUCACAUUGGCGGAUUAUCCAAUAUUGAACUAUUGGGCCAAAGAUGUUUUGACUGAGAUGCACCUUCAUUUAUGGAACUGUGCAAUCGAUUACAGACCUCUACAUUUACCAAUCCGAACUGCCCUUACCAUGGAUAACUUCAGUAUAACCACGAACGUGUCCUCUCUGACUAGUUCGUCAACCGCUUCGUUUACUUUGGAAGAAAUUGCUCUCCUUUUUAGCGAAAGGUUUCCACCCAUAGACGGAAAAGCAUCCUCUGCACCAAUUAAUUUGAAAAGGGAUUACUUCCAUGUGGUCGGGCUGGGAUGCUUGGAUUUCAGUUUGAAAAUUAAUGAAAAGGCUACUUCUGAAAAUCCUCGACUGGAUCUUCGCAUAUCGAACAAUAUCUUGAGGUUCAACACUUGUGCAGACAGUGCAAAAAUGUUACUAGAAUUCUUAACUUAUAUAUCAAGUGAAGGUGACCUCACAUAUGAUCUCGAAGAUGAUAGUCCGUUUCCGAGUCCGAAACUCAAUAAAGGUCAGGAUCAACAGCUGAUAAAUAUCGAUUCAAAAAUACCAGUUAGAAGUAACAUUACGACGAAUGAUCAAGAACGUCUCAAAAUGGAUCUUUUCGAAGCUAUGCAAGAAGAAACCGUAAAAGAUGAAAAACAAGAAAUGAUAGACAACGAGCCGGGCCUCUACCCCAAAGACGGCAUCCCGGAGAUCAAGUGGCUGUCCAAUGACCCUGUUCGAAUAGUCGAAGACCAUUUCAACCCCCCCUCCGACAAGGUGGACGUUCUGAAGGCCCCGAGUAGUUUUCCCCACGCCGUGGUUCGAUACACGUUACGCGACAUGUCUAUAAGUUGGAACAUUUAUGGCGGGAACGAUUUCGAAUCGAUCACUAAGGAUAACAAAAGCAAAACCAAGAAGAAGAAGAAGACCGUUAAUUUUGCCGAUAGAACCGGUCACAAAGCGAGUCCAACGAAAUCGUCUGAUACGGAGAUUCAUCUGGGGUGUCAGAAGAAGGCUGUUCCUUGGUUGAAGAAGGGCGGCAUUAAUCGGAGACACGACAUUAACGUGGAGUUGUUGUUGGUAGGGAUUCGUUUCCAAUAUGAAAUAUAUCCAGAAACUACUAUCCAUGCAUCAAGGCAAGUUUUGUCGAUAUCUGACUACUGUAUUAAAGAUAAACUAGAAAGUAGUAGAAUUAAUAAAUUUCUAUAUCACGACGUCAAUGAACUAAGACCGAAGCAGACUAGGGCUCAUAUGAUCGUCAUCAAAGCAAUCUACAUUAGACCUGAUACAAGGAUAAACAGGCAGGAAUUAAGCCUGGUAGUAUCGAUGUUGCCACUGAGAUUUAACAUCGAUCAAGACACUGCAAGAUUUUUAAUGCAAUUCUUCAGUGAACUUGGUAGCGGCAGUUUGAAUGAUAAUGAAGAAGAUAACUACUCACAGCAGAGUACUCCUACACAUCCCCCACCAGUCUUGACGAUUCCUAGAGAGGGAGACAAUACUCCUAAAAUCACCAAUGAAAAUCUUAUCAUGUUCAAUAGUAUACAGCAGGAUGACUUAGAAAGUACAUGCUCUUCUGUACCAAGCAGUCUUCCUGACAACUCCCCAAUUUAUGUGAGAAACUUUGUGUUUAGCCCGGCAGUUCCAAUCAAAAUCGAUUUUAGCGGAAAAGUUAGCUUUAACUACGGUUUAAGUGAAUUUCUGAUGGGACUAGCUGAGCUCAAUAGCGUAGAACUAACUUUGAAGCGGUUGUCAUGCCGUGAUGGACUGGUAGGCAUUGAUAAAGUAAUUGAAUAUGCUGUCCAAGAAUUUUCGAAUGACAUCAAGAAGAGGCAGUUUCCCAAUUUGUUCAAAGGAGUUGGCCCUAUAAAUUCUCUCGUAAAAUUAUGUCAGGGACUUACUGGACUGAUUAUGAUGCCCGUUGAACAAUAUCGAAAAGACGGAAGAAUCCUUAGAGGCAUUCAGCGAGGUGCUAGCAACUUUAAAGUUUCGGUGGUUUUGGCCUCUCUGGAUUUGUUAGGUCGUUUAGUUGGUUUAAUACAGGUAUUUCAUUUAAUAAUCAUAACAAAAUUCGGUUUCGGAGAGACAGCCAAAAAUAUAGUUCUAGUAGCUGCGCACGAGAAAGAACAGAAAGGCCUCAGCGGUGCUGUUGGCGGAGUUCUUAGGGAAAUCCCCGCGACGAUGGUAAGGCCGCUUAUCGUCGUUACCGGAGCUACUCAUGACAUCAUAGGGGGCGUCAGGAACCAGUUGGUUCCUGACGCCAGAAGAGAGGCCAACGAAAAGUGGCGCACAGAUUUUAAUGAAUAAUUUUGUGAUAAUACUUUUAUAGUCUGAAGAUGUGAUCUAUAUUGCAAUUUGUAAUAUUCUUUUAUAUAUACCUCGAUUUAUACCAUCGAAAGUUUUUCACUGAAGAGUUCGAAGAAGCUGAUUCGUUUACUCUGUUGUGCUUUGGUUGUUCUUGAAGAGUUGUAUUUUGUGUUCGAAAAUUAUUCGUUACUGUGAAUGGAGUUGAAAUAUUGUCUUUUCCUAAAGAAAUAGAACUGAAGAGACAUUUUAUCGGAUAUUGUAGGUAAUGAAGUAGGAAUUUAGAUUUUAUUGAAAAAUGUAUGGCCAGCUAUGGACAAGAGAUGAACCGUAUUUUUUUAAUCAUUGGCAAUAUUUAGAAAACCUGACAGUCUUCUGUCUAUU